AUAUUUUUUCUCCCUAAACCAAAAAAAAACACCGUCGUCAGUCCUCAGACCUCGCCUUGGAAUUCCCUUUGACACUCUUUCUCUCUCCUCUCAUCUGUAUAAUCUGUAAUUUUAUUCGAAAGCUUCUCGCAAUUUCCGUAAAUAUGAUUCGAUCAGUUUCAAGCUCAAGUUGCUAAGAGAGGGAAAUUAAAGCAUCAAUCAUCACUUUUACAGGGGAAACAAGGUUUACACUUUGAUGCAUUGUUUGAAACAUAUGGAAGACAAGAAAGAGGAGGAUUUGUAUCAUAAUUUCUCAAGAAAGGAUCUCCUGGGCUUGUACAAGAAAUACGGUCUACCUGUAAUAAGUCAAACUCUGAAGCGGCAACGUCCUUGAUUCUUUACCUGGAGGAUCCGUAGAGUUUACAGGACUAUUACUUCAAGGGUCAAGCGUCACACCACUUGCCCUAUUAAAACCAAAAGAGGCGAGAUUAGCGUCUUCUAUUAAAAGUUUAGUACAUUCCAAAGGGGGUGAGUGAAAAAUACAGCUUUGAUAAUUCAAAAUAAAGUUCUUCCUUGCGCUUUUCGCCAUCGAGUCAGCCACUAAAUUGGUAGAUCUGUCUUCAAAAAUCAGUGUAGCAUCCUGUAGUUUCAAGCCGUGCCCUGCACAUAUCAACGAGUGUUUUAUUUCUGGAGUUAUACACUUUUAUACUUAAUAUUUCCUGGACAGCUAUAAGACAGUCAGAAGAGAUGAUACAACCAUCCCAGUUUUUCUCCCCAACCCACGAAAGGACCUCUUUCCCAGAAGUUCAGCUGAUAACACAUCAUUAGCGUAACAAACCAGAGUCUACCUUCCAUCCACUCACCACAGUGGUUCCCAGCAACUGCAGCAGUGCCUGAGCAGAAGGAGGGGGGAAGAGGAGGCAUCUAUGUUAAUUUUAAUGGUGCCAUGGGGCAGGCCCGACCAUUUGGGGGGAUUGGGCUUUGGUUCCUUGGACGGCUAUUUUUGGGUAUAGAACCACUCCAAGGCAGCCCAGGAAGAGGGCUUGAUUGAAGAAGAAAGGGGGAUGUUAAUUUGGGAGACGCACCACACAUUGCGCCGCUUCCAAAUAGCCCAACACCCAAAAGCAAAAUGAACAUUGAAGGGAAUAUUAUCAGAACCUGUUGAGGCAGCAAACAGUGAAGUCUUAAACCAAGUGUUGAAAGGAGAAGACAUAUCACAACUCAAACCCUUAGACUCCCAGAAAUCCAUUGCUCUCACACAAAAUCUGAAUAUAUGAUCAUUAUCUUCAACAAUUCCUGGACAUAAAGCACAGUGAGGAUUUGUUUGAAGCCUAAAAGUUGUGAUUCUUUUUGGUCGCUAACCUAUCCCACCAAAUUGGCCAAUAAAAGAAUAGCAUCUUUGGUAGUCCCACCGUAUCCCAGAUCCACUCCCAAUCAUGACUUCCCUUUGAGAUAUUUAAUUUUCCCAAAUUGAUACAAGUUCUAACCAUGCUAGAAUUGAACUUUCUUUUCGUCUGCCAGUCUGAAAACAACCUAUCAGGUUUGUUGGGAAAAGGGACAGCACAUAUAUUUGUAGCAGAUCAGGCGAGAUAGGAUCAUAGGAAAGGAGAGGAAAUUCUCUAAUUGAUUACAAGACAUCCCCUUAAUAUCCCUGACUGUCUGCUUUUCCUCAGCCCUAUUCACAGGCCCAAUUAGUCUUGCCCUAAGAGAUUCAUUACCAACCCAUUUAUCAACCCACAAGUCAAUGGAGGACCCUUCCUUAACUUGCCAAGCAAGACUCUCUUGUACAAAGCCCAACCCUUCCCGACAGCUUUCCAAAUAUGGGAACCUAGAGCAAAAGAGGUGGGAAAGGUUCUAUUUUGAUGUACUUAUUCAUGUAUGAUUUUCGAGUCAAUUGAGUGCUUGGUCUCCAGAUUCCAACAGAGCUUUGCCAAGGCAAUAGUGUUUAUCUCCGAGUUGCACAAGAACCCCAACCCACCCAUUUCUUUGGGGCUGCCCACCCACCCACCCCCCCCCCCCCCCCACAAAAAAAAUCGAACAAAUUGAGUCAAAGAUUGAAGGUUAUGGAAGAGGGGCAAUGGAGAACCUGCCUUUAGUAUCUAGGGAUGGCUAGUAAGGAAGAUUGAAUUAAGAGAUAACACCCAGCUUUGUAGAGAGAAUUGGUUUUCCAAGCGGCAAAUUUUGAACUCAGCUUGUCAAUAAGGAAUGAUAACUUGGCUCUAGUAGGCUUUCUGUGUUGAAGGGGAAACCCAAGGUAUGAACCCAGAGAGGUAGAACUUUUUAUUUGGAGAAGCUGCUCAAACUCAUCUACAAUUUCCAGAACCUGAGUACCAGAGCCAUAUGCGAGGGGACUAGAAGUGACCUCUUUGCUUCAGGAACAACAGAGCUGCAGACUUUUGUGAUGAUGAAUUCAGCAGAUGACCAGGGAGAAGACGAAGAACCUGAGCACCAGAGCCAUAUGGGAGAGGACUAGAACUCUAGAAGUGAUCUCUUUUCUUCAGGAAUAACAGCGCAGCAGACUUUUGUGAUGAUGAAUUCGACAGAUGACCAGAGAAAAGAUUGUAACCUACGCCAUAAUCAUCGAGAUGUACAACCAAAUGAUUUGCAGAACUUCAAAGACUCUGCUACUUCUGAUAAGGCAUCUGUCGAUUUGAAUAAUUUAACGCAAGCCGACAGAGAAAGUAUUAGUGGUGCAGGCGUUCCAAAGACUGUUGUUGGUUUUCCUGUAGUAGCUCCUGUCCCUACAUUUACGUUUGACGUUUUUUGCGAGGAUGGAAUUAAACUGUAUGUUGAUCUGAAUUCAACCCCGUCAGAUUGGAUCGAGAGUUUAAAAGCUGGAGUUCAAAUAAAUGAUGUUGUACACAAGCCCAAAUCACAAAGUAAUCCUAAGCACAAAAAGGGCUCUUUUACUUUGGAUCCAUCUAAGGAGAGUGAUAAUGGCCAACUUCAAGAUGGGUCUUACCCAACCUCAAUAUUGACCGAUAACCUGGCAAAAACUGAUCAACCUGAUGAAGGAAAAGGGUCUUUGUCUUCACCUGGAUUGAAAUCCUUAAAUUCUGUUCAUUGUCUGGGGAAUUUGAUAGAUGAGGAAGGAUAUCUGACAUCCAGAAUUGAAUCUGGUACUAAGGGGAAACUUUCUGGUGCAAAAUCCAGCAGAAGAGCUGCUAAUUCACAUGUGAAUGCAGCUGUCCGGACUAGAAACCAUUUUAAUUUUACAAGGAACUCUGCCACAUCUUAUCCUAAAUGUUCAGAAAUGCCAGCAAGGCAGGGUUCAAAUGCUGUGAAUGGCAUUUGCGAAAACCCAACCUUGCAGCAAACUUAUUGCUCUCUGGAACCUGCAGUGAAACGUAGUGAGUUGUUAACAACUGUUUGCAUGGAGACUAAAGCAUCAACUUUUGCUACUGUGAAUCAGGAUAUUGAAUAUUCUCCUUCUGGAAUCGGUAGAUGUGUAAAUGUGGAUGAUCGGCUAAAGAAUAACGAAGUGGUUUUAUCUAGAAAAGUUAACUCUAUUCAGGCUCCCAGCGGGGAUGAGCUUCAGAUGUGGCCUGUUCAAUCAGUUGCUCAGAGCACGUGUGUGUCUCCUGUGUUGAAUAGUCUUCCAUUGGAUCUUGUUGAUAGGAGUGAAGUGGAAACUCGGCACAGAAGAACAAGCUUCUUCAAGAAAUCUGAUUUGCAAAUAAGAGAGGCACAAUCUCAUUCAGCGGCUAAUCACUCAAAAGGCAGAUAUGAGUCACAGAAUGUCAUCGAUCUUACUGAGGGUAUUGAAACAGAAAAGGCUGGAUUUCUAAGGACACAGGAGGCUGUUAUUGAAACUGAUGAGCUGCAGCAAAAAGAUGCAGCAAUAUAUCCUUGGUGCAAUGAUGGGUCCCUUGAGUUGGUUGUUCCUAGGCAAAAUGGGUUAGAUCAUUGCAUUUCAACUAAAUCAAAUAAGCUUCAAGAGGACAUUUGCAGAAGUUCAGAUACAGCAAAUGUGGGAAAUCUGGGUAAGAGCGACACGGGAAAUGGAAGGGAGGGAUCAGAAUGCUUGAAUUUUGAUAACCUAACGGAGAAGUCCUGGAAAAAGACUUCGGAUCCAGAAUCUUCUCGGGAACACAGGAGGAUGAGAAAUUUUAAUAGCGUUGAGCAUCAUCAGAGUAAAUUUGUAAACACCGAGGCAAAUAUUUUGAUGUCUUCAAAGCAAUUUCCUGGAGGUUCGCAUCCGAAACGUAAAAGAUCGUCACGGUUUUACACUAAGCGAGUUGUGGCAGACACAAAUUGAAUUGCUCAUGAUACUGGUGGCAGCUGAUAUUCAAUUUAUGGUUUGCUUAGAAGUUGGAGAACACACAUAUACAAAGGAAGAAUAACGGUGCCUACAUACUACACAUUUUUAGUUAGUUACUAUGUAAUGUCAUGUAAUUUGUUAUCAUUAAUCUUGCCUUUUUUUGUACACAUGUGACGUGACAUGAGGUCGUUUUUUGUUUUUUUUUUUUUUUUUUUGUGUGUGUAAUUUUGAUCUCUGUUUUGUCUCUUUAUGAAAAUAAGGGUAAGACUGUGUACAUUAACCAUGUGCUAAAUAGCGAGAGCCUUUUUGGGUACAA